AUGUGCGCUCGAGGAAAGACAUUUGUUUCGCUCGGCAAACCCCACAAAUCGGUGGCUCCGGCGAGUGAAACCGUCGAUUCCAGAUCAGUACAUCGAUCCCGUAGGACAGCCGGGCAGAACCACGCCGCGGUCCACGUUUUCCACAUCGCUUCCCCCGAGCUGUUUACCCAGCCUGCCCAGCCUGACACAGGCAGGAACCGUAGCGAGCAGCGCGGAGCUGUCCACGGAAAUGAAGCCUGA